AUGUCUGCCGAUUGGAGGCAAGAAUACGUCUCCGGCAUUAGGGAAGCCGAGAAACUACACCCAGUCAACCAAGAGCUUAUCGCAGGCUACUCGCAGCUCCUUGACCGCGUCUCCGUCCUCGAAGCCGAAAAUGCAGCCCUCCAACUCCAAGCGCAAUCCCAGCCCUCCGCGGCCCCCACAACAACCAAAACCUCAAAACCACCAAUACCCGAUUCCUCUGCCCCCUCCGGGGGGGACACUCCCACCAUAACCCGCCUCCGCCUCGAGCUAGCCGAAGCCCUCCGGUCGAAAGGCCAGUUCCAGCAGCGCCUCCAGGAAUCCGACGCGGAACUCGCCCGCCUCCGUGCUAAGACGGCCGCCGACUCGAAGACGCUGCGCAACCUCACGGCUGAGCGGCGCACCCUCACCUUCAAGUUGCGGGAUCGCGAGGAGGAGCUCCGGGUCAAGAACAAGCUGGUCGCGGAUGUCCAGGACGAGCUGGUCGUGCUCAAUAUGCAGCUCAACAUGGUGGAGAAGAACCGGGCCGAGAAGGAGGCCGAGAACAAGCAGCUCGUCGAGAGGUUCAUGCAGCGGGUGGGGGAGGAGGCCGAGGCCUUGAAUCUUGCGAGCGAACCGCUGUUUAGCAAGAAGAGGUAG